AUGGUCAAUUGUCCUAUCUGCGGCAAGGCGGUGAGCGCAGCCAAUAUCAACGCCCAUCUCGACUCGGAUUGCGUCGAGCACGUUGAGGACACGAAUGUCACCGACAACAACAACACCCACACUACUACCAAUCACAACGAAAAUGCGAACGGAUAUCCCAGCGGAAAUGUAUCCUCACCGGCCGUCGCCCCGCUGUUCAAGACACCCGGCGCCAGCACGAGGCGCGACGGCGCAGGACCUUCGUCAUUUGCGUCCUUCUUCUCCUCGUCCCAGCCUGUACCGCUACAGUCGCCGAGCGAACAUCGAGCAUCAACACCAGCGGUGAAACGAUCGUUUGAUCAUGCCUCGUCAGCGCAAGCGAAUAGCAAUGGUCAGACGAAACGAGGGUUCGACUUCUCAUCGACACAGCCUGCCGGCCAGACAUCGACGAAGCGGACGUUAGAAUUCCCAUCGACGCAAAAGCAGACGUUGAUCGGCCCAUCAAUACAGUCCAAUUCCAACGGACAUACUACGCAAGUGAAGAGGGAGGACGACAAAGAUACCCAGCAUAACGAUGGCCAAUCUAGCAAUGGAGCGGCUGUUCAUGAACAACCUCCCAACAAGAGACCCAAAACGAAACCCCCCAACGCCUUCGAAAAGGUCGCACCGCUAGCCGAGCGCAUGCGCCCCAAGACCCUCGACGACGUAUGCGGCCAGGACCUGGUCGGCGCGAACGGCGUGUUGCGAGGCCUGAUCGAGCAGGACCGGGUGCCGAGCAUGAUUCUCUGGGGCGGCGCGGGGACGGGCAAAACGACGAUCGCGCGGGUCAUCGCCAGCAUGGUCGGCAGCCGCUUCGUCGAGAUCAACAGCACCAGCAGCGGCGUGGCAGAAGUGAAGAAGAUCUUUGCGGAAGCGCGCAACGAGUUGGCCCUCACAGGUCGCAAAACCAUCAUCUUCUGCGACGAGAUCCACCGCUUCUCCAAGUCGCAGCAGGACGUGUUCCUGGGUCCCGUCGAGGCCGGCCACGUCACGCUGAUCGGCGCGACGACCGAGAACCCGUCGUUCAAGGUCCAGAACGCGCUCCUGUCGCGCUGUCGCACAUUCACUCUCCAGAAACUCGGCGACGCGGACAUCUGCCAUAUCCUCACGCGCGCCCUCGAGACGGAACAGGAAACAUACAACCCGUCCCCGGCACUAGUGAAUGACGAACUGAUUAGAUAUCUCGCCGCGUUCGCCGACGGCGAUGCCCGAACGGGUCUCAACCUGCUCGAACUGGCAAUGACGCUGUCGCGCCAUCCGGGGAUGACCACGCCGCAGCUCAAACAGGCAUUGACCAAGACCCUGGUGUAUGACCGCGCGGGCGACCAGCACUACGACACCAUUUCUGCGUUCCACAAGGCCGUGCGCGGCUCCGACCCGGACGCGGCACUCUACUAUCUCGCGCGCAUGAUCCAGUCCGGCGAAGACGCGCUGUACAUUGCGCGCCGCAUGGUCGUUAUCGCCUCGGAGGACGUCGGGCUCGCGGACCCGAGUCUGCUCCCGCUCGCGACCGCCGCGUACACGGCCGCCGAGAAGAUCGGCAUGCCCGAAGCCCGCAUCAACCUGGCCCACGUGGCUGUCGCGUUGUGUCUGGCGCCGAAAUCCACCCGCGUCUACCGCAGCUUGAAUAAUGCCAUGCAUGCCGUCCAGCAGGAGCCGGGCGUCGCGGGCCUGCCCAUCCCAAUCCAUCUCCGGAAUGCGCCGACCAGGCUCAUGAAGGAGCUCGGGUAUGGAAGGGAAUAUAAAUAUAAUCCGAAAUAUGUCGGCGGGAAGGUCGUGCAGGAAUAUUUGCCCGAUGCGCUGAAGGGCCGCAAGUUCUUCGAGGACGGCGAUUUCGGAGACAUGGUCGAUGAAGAUCUGGUCAGGCAGGAACAGGAAGAACAAAACGGAGAACCUGGUGUUGACCACAGUGCUGGCGUCGAUGGGAGGAGUGUAAAGAAUAAUCAUGCUGGUAACAGUGAUGGAGUCGACGCUGAUGUUGUUGGUGAUGGUGCUGAUGUUGGUCAGCUGGAUUCACCACCAGUGUGA